CCAAACCAAAAACGUCAAUCUCAGCAUUGAAUCGAUAACCCAAUUUGCCCAGCAGCAAAGAGUAUCUGGCAACCUCUAUCUUCAUACUAGUCAAGCCAGGAUGCCUCUGAGCGAUAAUUCUGCUCCAUUGACACCUGUAGCGGAGUAUUCCCCAUCGCUACCGGCAGAGGCAGAAUCAUCUCGCAAGAGUCAGUCACAGCAAUUGAGCUUAGAUCAUCAUGGGUAUGAAGACAAUGAUGAAGACGAUAUAGAGGAUGACAUAGAAGGACUUUUAUGGGACGGUCAGGCUGCUCUUAUCGCUCAUCAAUUCGAGCUUGCCAUCACUCUUUACAGCAAAGCUGCACUCCCACCCUUUCGAUCGCCACUUGCUUGUCUGGCACUUGGCAACCUGAUCUCCCGAGGUAGUGGUCAUCGGUCUGCUCCCACAUCACCCGUGGACGGGACCAAGACAUUUGAUUUUAGCACCAAUCCCAAGUCCGAGAAUGCGCCGACGACCCCGAUCGAAACACCGUCCAUUCUUUCCAGGAUCACCGAUUAUUUCGGUUGGUCGCCCCAAUCACCCAGCAUCUCAUCAUCACCUGAGGACGUCAAAGUACCGAUACGUCGGACACUGGUCGCUGAAGGCUGGUCCAUACCUAAAGAUGGCAAGCGGGCCCAUAGAGAUGUCCAAGGCAUGGGCAUAGCUGCAGGGUGGCUGCUUUUAGGUCUCGCAUGGGCUAUCGAGCGGAACAAGCUGGAUCAGAAGUCCGUCACCUCUGGCUCUCGCUCCGAGGUCUUACAGCCUGCAGCGAAGUGUAGCAUCGAGUCGUCUGCUAUCGUGUUCAACACCAAUGGCAAAGGCAAGGAGGUUGAUCGCGAGGUUUCGGGGGAUGAGUCGCGCGCAUCAUCCUCGACUGGCAAAGGAGAAGCUAGAAAUACCUCAUCAAGCUCGAGUUCAGAUGUCUCGUCCAAGUCGAGUAGACGUGGAAGCAGCACGGCGCCGACAUCAGAAUCCAUCGGCUCAGAUGCGAAUGUGCUUUACAAGCCCAAAAAGGGGUCAGAAGCAGAAGUCGAUCAGCUCAUUUAUGACUUGCUUCGUCCCUUACUUCAUUUGUAUCGUCAUGGACAAAUUCAAGCACAUGAUCCUGUGUUCUUGCCACCUAUACCGCAAGGCGAACUGCCGUCUUUGCUCAAGGCUUCUGGUGAUGCCGACAAAAGACGGAAUGCUUGGAUUCUGGGCGGCGUGGUCGCCAAAAUCAUUCGAGAUAGCCUGCCUGCCCCAGGCCCAGCUCUUGACAAUGUCAGCAAGAAGCAAAGACGUCAGUUGAAGAAGGCAAAUCUGAUCAUCACAUCAUACAUUUUAGGAAUGACGGCGCCACACGGUCAAAAAGUCGACUACUUCAAAACCAUCCUCGAGGCAGGUCACUCCAACUUGGCAGAAGCAGACGACCUCAUUGCAUCCGCCGGACAGAGACUGGACGCUCUCAAUGGCAAGUCCUCUGGAGUGACUGCGUACCUUGCCAAGGCGAAAGCCGCAAGGCAAGGCCAAGCCGGCAGCGGGCAUCAAAGAAUGACUUCGGGUCGUUCUGAGCGGCCUGCGCGGCUUUCACGUAAGGGCUCUUAUGCUUCCUUCACAUCGAGUCUGGCCAACGGGAUCCAACCAUCGCCGAUACGUAACGCGACUUCUUCCGCUAGUCUUGUCUUGGAUGAUCACCCCGAGAUGGUGGAGAAUCAAUCAGGAUCCGCUCUAGAUACGCUUCGACGAUUUGGCGCACUGAACAUGUCUCACUCCCGAGGCGCACCAUCUCGGGAGUCGCUCGAACAAGCCGAUGCGCAAAUCACCCCAUCUGCCCAAUCUCCCGUCGACCUACUUAGCCCCGAGGCACAGGCCCCCAACUCAAGCAAAGGCUACCCUCAACUUCACAUUUCUAAAUCCUCGCCCGUACUCUCGUCCUUCUACGCUUCGAUGGAACCUACUUCAGGCGCACGCCGCACCACGUCAUCGGCUUUUCUCACUCCGGACCAGGCGAACAUUGCUCCUAUAGACAAGUGUCUUGCAGAUGCUGAACUCGCCUCAGCACUGACAAAGCAAGUCUCUUGCUCAGUCUGCGGAGCGCAAGGUGUCAAUUUCCCUGAAUGCCGAAAGUGUGGACUACACUUCUGCUCCAGGCAGUGCAGGAUUGGUGAGCACGGUGCAGGAGAUGGAAAGAAGCAUCAUUGUGGUCUGUGGGAGAGCAGGAGUAAGGGCCAGGUGUUGCAGCCUGCCCAGCAACGAGCAUCACCGUCCGUCGUAGUUCAUUGACUGUAGCAAUGCUUGUAACUAUAGAGAGAGGGUCAUUCUUGCACUGUUCACAGCAUGCGCAUCAUGUAUCGUAUCCAUA